AUGUCUGCCAGAGAAUAUCCUAAAGUGUGGAGUCAUUUUGAGCGAAUUGUUGAAGAUGGCAGGAUGUUAAAAUUUGAAAUAGAAGACAUACCGGAAAGUAUGUGGAGUACCGCAGUCGAGUUUAUGUUGGGAAACUACAUCCGUGAGGACGUGUGGUGGAAGUCUGCAGGCACAGCGCAGGAUUUGGAUGCCGUACAAGAAUACCGCGUGCUUCUGACAUCGAUCAUUAGGCAGAAAAUGAGCGUAGCGUGCUUCCUCGCCGAGGGAGACGGUUCAGGACGCACGCUCGUCGCCGUCAACAUGUGCUUGCCGCAGGAAAAGGGACGCUUCGUUGAACACAGGCCGCCGAAGUCUAAAGCGGGUUUAUUAUCGCUGCGAAUGUUCGCCGAGGCUAUGAAAGUGACAGCGAUUUAUGAUAAAUACAACAUAAACGCGUACCUCAUGGGAGCAGGUCUAUCUGUCGCCACUGAGUACAGGGGCCUGGGCAUAGCCGUUGAACUGCUGAAGGCAAGAAUAAAUCUGUCAAAGGGUUUGGGUUUUCGUGCAACAGGCGGCAUAUUUACAAGUGCAAAAGCACAAAAAGCAGCGGAAAAAGCCGGAAUGGAGUGUUUGUACCACAUACCAUACAAGAAGUUCGGAAAACGUUGUAAUAUCGUGUUUGAUUCAGAUGCCGAGGAUCUGAAGAUAUUUGCUGUCCGUACUGAAUAAACAGAUGAACAUCGACUACAGUUUUUGUAAGCAAAAUUAAUAUUCAGAUUAUUGGGAUUUGAAAACACACAAAAACCUGUAAUUGCAAAUGUCUGAAAUAUGACUUAUUAUUAUUUUAAUGUUUAAGUUAUUUAUUUCU